AUGAAGCUAUUAAGCAUUCUGUUGCUGGUUAUUGCCAGUACUUUUGCUGAUGAUGAUGACAAGAGGGAAGAGGUUGGAACCGUAAUUGGCAUUGAUUUGGGAAACAACUUAUUCAUGUGUUGGUGUAUUCAAGAAUGGACGUGUCGAGAUUAUUGCCAAUGAUCAGGGUAACCGAAUCACUCCUUCCUAUGUAGCUUUUACUCCAGAAGGGGAACGUUUGAUUGGAGAUGCUGCUAAGAAUCAGCUGACUUCCAAUCCUGAAAAUACAGUGUUUGAUGCCAAGCGUCUGAUUGGUCGCACUUGGAAUGACCCAUCUGUUCAACAGGAUGUCAAGUAUCUGCCUUUUAAGGUUGUUGAAAAGAAAACCAAACCUUACAUUGAAGUCGAUGUUGGUGACCAGAGAAAAACCUUUGCUCCAGAAGAAAUUUCUGCUAUGGUUCUCACUAAGAUGAAGGAGACUGCCGAGGCUUACCUAGGCAAAAAGGUUACACAUGCUGUUGUCACUGUACCUGCCUACUUUAAUGAUGCCCAGCGUCAAGCCACAAAGGAUGCCGGAACUAUUGCAGGGCUUAAUGUGAUGAGAAUUAUCAAUGAACCAACUGCAGCUGCUAUUGCUUAUGGCUUAGACAAGAAGGAAGGUGAGAAGAACAUUCUUGUCUUUGAUCUGGGUGGUGGUACCUUUGAUGUGUCCUUGCUUACAAUAGACAACGGAGUCUUUGAAGUGGUGGCUACCAAUGGGGACACCCAUCUGGGAGGAGAAGACUUUGACCAGCGUGUCAUGGAACACUUUAUCAAACUCUACAAAAAGAAAACUGGCAAGGAUGUGCGCAGAGACAACAGAGCGGUCCAAAAGCUGCGUCGUGAAGUAGAAAAAGCCAAGAGAGCCUUGUCAUCUCAACAUCAAGUUAAGAUUGAGAUUGAAUCCUUCUUUGAAGGAGAAGACUUCUCUGAAACUCUUACCCGUGCCAAGUUUGAGGAGCUUAACAUGGACCUCUUUCGUUCUACCUUGAAACCAGUACAGAAAGUGCUUGAAGAUGCUGAUUUGAAGAAAUCUGACAUAGAUGAAAUUGUGUUGGUGGGAGGUUCUACACGUAUUCCUAAAAUUCAGCAGCUAGUUAAAGAAUUCUUCAAUGGCAAAGAACCAUCUCGUGGCAUUAAUCCUGAUGAGGCUGUGGCUUAUGGUGCUGCUGUUCAGGCUGGUGUACUUUCUGGAGACCAGGGUGAUUUGGUUCUUCUUGAUGUGUGCCCUCUGACUCUCGGUAUUGAAACUGUUGGUGGUGUCAUGACUAAGCUCAUCCCUAGGAACACUGUUGUGCCUACAAAAAAGUCACAGAUUUUCUCCACCGCCUCUGAUAACCAACCUACUGUCACUAUCAAGGUUUAUGAAGGUGAGCGUCCACUGACCAAGGAUAACCAUCUGCUGGGCACUUUUGACCUUACUGGUAUCCCUCCUGCUCCCCGUGGUGUUCCUCAAAUCGAAGUUACAUUUGAGAUAGAUGUUAAUGGUAUCUUACGGGUUACAGCAGAGGACAAAGGUACUGGCAACAAAAAUAAGAUAACCAUUACCAAUGAUCAGAAUAGACUAACACCAGAAGAAAUUGAAAGAAUGGUGACUGAUGCAGAGAAGUUUGCGGAAGAUGACAAGAAAUUGAAAGAACGGAUUGAUGCACGGAAUGAGCUUGAAAGUUACACUUAUUCACUGAAAAAUCAAAUAGGGGACAAAGAGAAACUUGGUGGAAAGUUGUCAUCUGAAGACAAGGAAACCAUUGAGAAGGCAGUAGAAGAGAAGAUUGAAUGGUUGGAGAGCCAUCAAGAAGCAGACAUAGAAGAUUUCAAGGCUAAAAAGAAGGAGUUGGAGGAUAUUGUUCAACCAAUUGUUGGUAAAUUAUAUGGGGCAGGUGGACCUCCUCCUGAAGGGGAUGACCAUGAGAAGGAUGAGUUAUAG